UUCCUUCUUGCGGGAAGCGUCUAGAUACAAGGAGUCUGUAGGCAGUCUGUUGAAUAUAGCUUCCAUAUUUUAAACUUUAUCGUUUUAGUGCAAAGCAGGACAGAUAAUUUGAAACAUUCGACAGUGAUAAUUUAACUUUUCUAAUACUAUUCGACUGAAAGAAUUGCUGAGGAAACGAGUCAAGCUGUUUAUCUAAAGUGAAACAAUAGUUAGGUUAGCUAGUAAAGAAAGAAGUCAGAACCACUUCUCCACUAUGUUAAAAUUCAGCCUCAGGAGGGAUAAAGAGAAGGAGUUUAAGCAUAUAGUUCAUGGUUUGAUUCCUGCUGCCUCCAUUGCUCCCAAGCCUGCUGUGCCUCGUACUCCACCCCCACGCAGCCCAAACCCCUCACCUGAGAGACCCAGAUCCGCCUUAGCUGCAGCAAUCUUGUCUUCUUCACUCACUGGACAGACAUGGGCCAUCCCCCCUGCCCGGACAAGGUCUUUUUCUGAGAGUGGCCGAUCAGAGUCCUUCGUAUCAGAACCAAACAUCAGUACAGCACUUUAUACGAGAGAUAGAUGGUCAGAGAAUUUAGCUAGCAGGCCGCAACUGUCAUCCCCUGAUCACUCUGAGGAGGAGCUGGAAGAAAAAGAAGAGGAGGCGGACAAUGAAGACGACAGGGAAGAACAUGUAUACCAAACUCUGGACAGACAGGAGAAUUGUUCAAUCACAGAACCUGUCUACGCCCUGCCAUUAAAACUUAAGACUAGUGCAUCCCAGCCAAAUCAGAUGUCUGACAGAAGAGUGCCUUCUCCAGAUUUCACUGAACAAACCAGUGUCCAAUCUCCUGAGGUCAGCUGUGACUUCUCCAAGAAAAAAUCCUCUCUCCAGAAGAGCCCUGGAAGUCUGAAAGAAGCUGUGUCUUCCACACUGCCUUCCCAAAUCACUGGCCACCACAGCCGACCCAGCAAGGCCAACAACCCAAAAUGCCCCAUGCAGCUGUCUCCAGAGCCCAGCAAGAUGUACAGUGAGGGGCAGAGGGAGGUACCGCGAGCCCUGCCAGAGAGGAACACAAGGAUGGUAGAUGAACAAAAGUUACUGGAGGAGAGACUACAACGGCUGGAACAGGAGAUCAGUCACAGACAAGGCUCUUCAAACAUGAGGUCAUCUGCAGGCAGCCAGGCAGAGCUACAGAAUUUGAGGCAGCAUGCCCAGGAGCUGGUGGAUGAAAAUGAUGCCCUAAAAAUGACGGUUCAUCGUCUGAAUGUUGAGCUGAGUCGAUAUCAAACCUGCUUCAGACCAUUGUCCAAACAGGAGAGCUCCAGAAUCAGUGGGUUACCAAAGACAGGAUCUCCUCCUCCCUGGCUGCUUGAUAUGAAGUAUUUAUCUCCUCUCCUGCUGGCCUAUGAGGACAGGAUGAAUGAAAAAGAUACUCUUCUGCAAACCAGUAAGGAGGAGGUGAGGAAGUUGCGUGUUCAUGUAGAGGAGGUCAUCAAAGAAAAUGAGAGACUCCAUGAUGAAAUUGCAAAUAUCAGAGGGAUAAGGGAGAAGGACUGUCAUCAGCUACAACAACAGGCCUUUCUGGUUUUGCAGGAAAACCAGGUUCUGAUUGAACAGCUCGAGGCUCAGCAUGUUAAGGCCAAGGCCAGCCACAGCAGACACCAUUCAGAAGUUUCCAAGGUGUCAAAGCAACUGAUGUUAUUAGAGGCGGAAAAGCAGCGUCUACAGGAGGAUCUAGAAAAGAGCAGGGGGGAGGUGCAGAAAAAUAUGGGGGAGAUUCAAGUUUUGCAGGCCCACCUGAAGGAUGCCAUCACCUGGGACGAACACUGCAACAUUGCUGGGAAACUCAAACGUGAGAACAAGAUAGAGAAGACCUGCACACUGGACAUGGAACAGUAUUCUGCAUAUUGGCAACUGAAGCAGCAGGAGAGUAGGAAUAAGAGUGAGACUGAUGAGUUGCUUCUCAGACUGUCCACCCUGCAAGAGGAGAAUAGGAGUCUGUCUGUGGACAAAGCCAACCUGACUGCUGAUUUAAAGAGAACACAGGCUGAGCUGGAGCUCAAAAAACAAGCCAACAGGGAGGCUGAGAGGAGGAUGAGUGUAUUGAAGCGACAUAAGGAAGAGUGUGUUUUGAAAGAGGAAAAGACACGGCACUACAUGGGAGCUGUCCUUUCUGUGGCGGAGCACAUUUCCAAGGAGAGAGACCAACUAUUGCAGAUGGCUUCAGUUCUUCAUCAGGAAAAGCAGGGCUUCGUCAACAAGAUUGUGAAUGGCACAAUUCGAUUGGGCAAACUACAAGAAGAAGUCAAAGUGUACCGGACGCAGGCGUCAACCAGGCUGGCAGCGUUGGAGGAGGCAGUGGAGGGGAGGACAGCUUCUUACCAGAGGGAGAUCCUUCACCUGCAGAGGCUGCUAAGAGAAAGACAGGAGGCUGAGGAGAGACUACUGCAGUCCAAACGUUUCUGCAUUUGUACAGUGAAAUGUCCACUCUGGUUGCUGGGUUCAGGAGAUAAGUGCUGACAUCCACUUGACACAGCAGAUCAUACAGCUCCAUUCUACAUGUCUCUCUUCACACUUAAUCAGAUAACCCCCUCAGGACCAUCCAUUUUUACCAGUCCUGUAAUCCUCACUGUGAAUUUUCAUUCGCAGAUUCUACAUUGCUGGGGGUGAAACAACCGCAACAGCUUUUCAACAGGAUUCACAUAAGUAGUGCCUGAAGCAUUUCUUAUAGAAUUACAGAGACAGGCCUACUGCUGUGACAAACAACAUAUGGUGGUGGCAAUAAUUGGCUUGAGACUGAAAAUAACUCUAUUCUUUUACCUAUUUAUUUAUUAUUUAUGUAUUUGUAUACUUUGCCUUUUCCUCAUAUAUAUUCAUGAUUCUUAUGAGAUAAAACUUGAUGCCAGUCAGAAGAUAAGAAGAUAUAAGCAGUCUUGGCUACUUAUAAGUGAUGUUAACCAGGUAAGGAAAGUACUGAAUGCAACAAAAUACUUUCAGUCCAUAUGUAAGGGCGUGGCUGAUGCACAAUUACUCGAAAUGACAGAGAGAGCCCUUUGGUUAUAGAAAAGUUGUACUUGAUUUUUUUUGUACCUGAUUAUUUUAAGAUAUUCUUCCUGGUACAGUGUUACACCCUCGAAAACCCUACUGGUACUUUGUUGCCACUGAAACAAUCUCCUACUUUCCUUUUAUUCCCUUGUUAGUAUGUCUGUUUUUAGCUCAGCUUCUGGGCCUGCUGCCUGCUGCUAUCAAAUGAAAGCUAGCUAAUCAGAUUGUUAGAAGAUCUUGUCCUGCUCUGCCCUGAGGGCAUCUUAAUGACAAAUCACACACUACCACACUGAUCACUCACACCAUUAACCUUUAUGACAUCACAAACUGCUGCACUGCUGCCUUAUUGAAAAUGUGUUCUCCACCAAAUCAGCUUUAUCAAGCAUGCACCCUUCUGUUGGACCUAGGUCGUCUGAGUGCGUGUGGUUGAAACCCUCGCUAAACUCCAAAUUAUUGCAACUAGAGUAGACUGGUUAACCAGUCACAGCAAAAAUAUGUAGUAGUUGAUGGUGAGUUCUUGUCCUGCUUGUGAAUAGUAGGAAUCCAGGUUUCUCCUUUUCUCGGCUAGGGCAUUUGGUGUUCAGCCAGGCAGUGGUCCACUCAGCUGAAGUCAAACAUCUCACCUACACACUGAGGAAAAAUCUAUUCCUGCUUCAUUCUCUUUUCUCUCUGAUCCACUGCUUAGUAUUCUGCCCAUGCAACAGCAGCAGAGAUGCUGAUAGGUUGUGAUUGCUGCCUGCCUGCUGAGUUCUGUGUAGCCCCCAGGGAAGCCGUGCUGCCUGAGACUUCCAGGAGCUCCGGAGGGGAUUGAGCCCUCAGAUCACUUUUUUCCUCUCUAAAAGCAGCCCUGUCUUUCCCUUACACAACCACAAAAACACAGAAAUAUCUGCUACAUAUGAGCAAAGAGUGAUCUUUAGAAAUGCAGCCAAAGUUUCUAGUGAUUCUUGACAAAUUGGUCUUCUUUCAUUUAAUGUUUUUAACAGUCAGUUUGCUGAGAGCCUGAUUAUAUAUUUCCAGUACGUUCAGAAUUUGUCAUGUGAUUGAAUGAGUUCAGUAUCUUGAGGCACAUGCAUUGUAAUUGGUUGAAAUUGAUGGAAAGGAUUAAGAUUGUACAAGAUUGUGACAAUUGUUUGACUAUCUGUAGUUUUAUGGCUUUUUGUAAUAGGUGUGAAAUAUUUGUAGAUUGCCUUCGUAAUUCAUUGAAAAUACUGUGUAUGGUGUAAAAGUAUAGUUCAUGGACACAGCUGUGACUAUUAAAGGCAGUGUAAACUUGUUUAAUAAGAAUUUUUCAUCUUGGUGAAACACUGUUUUGCUGUUUUUAAAAUUCUAAUCUAUUCCUCUCAAGCUUGUGGGAGCUGUAGUGUUAAUCUCUCCUGUUUUUUUACACAGUGAAAAAUAAGCAGUGUAAAACGCUGACAUCAUUUUAUGUUAAUGGGGUACACACUUGGAACCCCAUGCAUAAUUAAUACUAAAGCUCAUGAAUGCAGAUAAACACAUUUUAGUAGUAAUUAUCCAUCAGUUUCCCAUCAGGUUUCAAGCCGAACUCAGAGGACCAGAGGGGAUCAUGACUCUGCUCCUUUUAUUUGUAACUUGUUUCUCUGUAGCUGUCAUCAUAAAUCUAAAGGCACCGGUGCUGUAUGUAUUUUGAGGUUCAUUUAGUGAUCAGGUCUUUUAUAAUGCUUUGCACUUCAUAAUAACAGAGUAGUAAGAAAACAUCUUUCAAAAAAUCAGACAAUGAAGCAUGAAAUUGACAAUGAUGGGUGGUGAUUAUAUGACGACCUUUUAAAAAGUAGCUACUAUGUUUUUUGUACCAAUUGCUCUCCAGCCUCUCUGUAGAAGGUUUGUUUUGUGGUCUAAAGAAAGAAGAGGGUAAAGUCUCGCAUCAGCGCACAUGAGGAGUACUUUUUAACAACACUCAGCUCACAUAGAUAAUCCAUAAUACAUUUGUAGAGCUGCAACCUGCAACAAGAUUAAAUUUACUGAAAUGAACUACACCUGCACCAUCUUUGCUUAUGAAUGGCUGAGCCUUUCAAGGAUGCCCCUCUUCACACUCAGUGAUAAAGAUUACCUGUUGCCACAGCAAGAGGUAAUAUGUUUACCUGUGAAAUGUUCCAAACAGGUAAUGUUUAAUGUUGCUGGUGUCAAAUUUAGUCAUUUCACUUGAGUGGAUGUCAAAAAGGAUUUGCAAAAUAUAUUCUGUUUUAUUUCU